AUGUCCAGCAAGGUGGCCAUCGGCAGCGACAUCGGGCAGGCCCGCCGGACAGUGGAGCAGCUGCGGAUGGAGGCAGGCAUCGCUGUGAAGGUGAGGGUCGAGGCAGACACGAGACAGGGAGGGCUGGGCCCACGGAGCGGGGGACAGGUGCAUGCCUGGGUCUGGCUGACCGGGUUGGCCUGCAGGUGUCCAACAGCUGCUGACCUGUUGCAGCUCUGCACGGAGCAGGCCAAGAGCGACCCCUUCCUCGUGGGCAUCCCAGCCGCCACCAACCCCUUCAAGGAGAAGAAGCCCUGUACCAUCCUCUGA